GCUUCCUGAUAGCUUUGCCCUUGUGCAUGGAGCUAGCUGGCUGUUGAGAUAGCUAGCUAGCGUGUGUGAAAUAGUAGAGCAUAUAGAUAUAGAUAUAUAUAUAUAGAUAGAUAGAUAGCUAGGUGGGUAUAUACUGACCCACACAUUUGCGUUCAGGCAGCGGCAGUUCUUGUGGAGCCAUGACCAAGGUGUUGCCAGUAGUCAAACUUGCCACUAAGGUGGCCGUCGCCGGAGGAGCGGUCUAUGUGGCGUAUGACUCCGGGCUUCUCGGGGGCGGUGAAGAGGGUGCGGUCGCUCUGAGCAAAGCUACAGCAGCUAUUCCUCCUGCAGUGAAUGAAUGGGCCAAGUACUUUGGUUUUGAGUUUCCUGCAGCACCCAAAGUUGAGUUCUCCCCUGUCGAUGCGUGGAACUCAGGAGUGAAGAAGUCUAUCCAUGCUCUAUCAGUUGCUCCAACUGUACUAUGUGACUACACUAGUCAAGGCUUGCAGUACCUUAAAGACCUAACCAAAUGAACACUGUCACAUUUAGCCAACAAUGAAGCUGCAUCUAUGGUUCCAGUGGAUAAAUUUGAUAUCUAAUGGUGUACAGUUUGCUUCACACGGAACUAGUUUCCCACAUGUACAAGUCCCUGACUGGCAAGCUAAAUUCAAGGGACUGCAGGAUUGAAAACUGAAGACAUUACACGUGCUGUAAGUUGCAAGGGAUUUUGUUUAUGUUCUCCCGUUUGUGUUGGUGUUACAAAACCAGAUACCUGUUCUAAAGGUAUUGAUUGCCAAGUAAAAUAAAUAUGUCGAUAAGCAUAUAUUUGUGAACAUGGCAUAAGGUUAUGUUAUUUUAUUUAUCAUUUAUAGUUUUUUCCUUCCCUGUUCUUGAUGGGCAAAUUCACACUGAAAACUUAAUUUGAUAUGUAUCUAAUUCCACUGCUUUAUUCAAAGUAAAAUAAAUCAAGACUGUU